GCGACGCCGUGACGUCAUCGGGAAGCGACGCGGACGCUACACCGCGACGGAGAGGGAGAUUCGAAGUGAGUGGAACCGAUUUACGUUGCGAUCCGUCUUCGGCGGAGCGCGUGACGCUUUCACGCGACACAUCGGAGUCUCACUGACACGUCCGACGCAGAGUGACGUCCGCGUGGCGGGAACGUAAGCGGCGUUUGGCGUCUCGUUGCCCACUUCCUUGACCAGCGCGCACUGCGGCCUCUCCCCGGGGUGUGGGGGGGGGGGCGGAACGAUGGCCACCCCGAGCAAGACGCCCCCCGGCGCCGACCCGAAGCAGCUGGAGCGGACCGGGACGGUCCGGGAGAUCGGCUCCCAGGCGGUGUGGUCCCUCUCGUCGUGCAAACCCGGUUUCGGGGUGGAUCAGCUGAGGGACGACAACCUGGAGACGUACUGGCAGUCAGACGGAUCCCAGCCCCACCUGGUCAACAUCCAGUUCAGGAGGAGAACCACCGUGAAGAUGUUGUGUAUUUAUGCCGAUUAUAAAUCGGAUGAGAGCUACACGCCCAGUAAGAUCUCCGUCAGGGUGGGGAACAACUUCCACAACCUGCAAGAGAUCCGGCAGUUGGAGAUGGUGGAGCCCAGCGGUUGGAUUCACAUCUCGCUGUUGAAUCAGCGGACCAACGAGCCAAUCAGCACCUUCAUGAUCCAGAUCGCCGUGCUCGCCAACCACCAGAACGGCCGGGACACGCACAUGCGGCAGAUCAAGGUCUACACGCCGGUGGAGGAGAGCUCCAUCGGGAAGUUCCCACGAUGCACCACGGUGGACUUCAUGAUGUACCGCACCAUCAGGUGAUCGGCUCCUCCGCCCGUCGGAGGGAUCCGACUCGCCGUGGUCGUCGGUGUCGUUAAAGAAAUAGAAGAUGUACGUUUUUAUUGCCGUAGGUUGUUCUCCACACGGACAGAUUUCCUUCCAUCAGAAGCCGAAUGCUUCUUGCUGAAUUUAAUGUUUCAAAGGACGAGUCGCUGAGCGAACGACUACGAAUAAAUAAAAGAUGGAAAGACUUUGUCCUCAUUCUGCAGAAAACAUCAGACUCCUGAUUGAAACCCCAAGUUAUUAAUUCAACUUCUGCAAAUUAAAGCCCACAGCAGAUAAACGGGUUCUGAAAUGCCUCAAUUAAAUAAAUACAAUAUUAUUUAUUAACUAGAACUCAAAUCCUUUUUGAAAGAGAAUAAAUGUAUUAAUUGUACACAAAUAAGAACCGUAUUUGAUUUUUAUAUUGUCUCCCUUUAUAAAUUGAAUUAUUGGACUUGAAUAAAUACAACCUGCACUAGUAUAAAUAUAAGGGGAUCAGAGUAUUAAUACAUUCAUUGUACUAUUGAGACUAGUAUUAAAUCACAUGUCUGCAGUUCGCCCACUAGAGGGAGCCUCCUUAUAAAGAGUCAAAGUACUCUGUGGGUACAAGUACACUGCUAGUGUACAAAUACAAGUGAUUCAAUAAAAACGUUUUGGUAGAAGAGUGAAGAUAUCAAUAUUAAAAUGGACCUAAAGUGUUUUUUAAAACCACAUCCGUUUUUUGUUGGUCAGUAUUUUGUUUUCUUGCAAUAAAGUUCAUUGGAAUUCAA